AUGGCAAGUAUAUUGUGCAGAAGACUUCUAUUAACAAGGACAUUAUGUGUGAAAGAAUUAUCAGUUCUGGCAGCUUGGCCAUCAACAAAUGUUAUUACCAAUCACAAAUUAUUUGAGCACAACGCCAAAAGUAGUGAUCAGAACAAGAUUGUAGUAGCAGUGCCCUUCCCAAGUAGUAUCCAUAUUAAGUAUUACUCAACACAAUCAGAUGAUAAAGGCAAAGAUGAAGUCGCUAAAGAAGAGACAAAGAAACUCUCAUUGUUCCAAAAAUUCAAGAGUAUGUACAGAGACUAUUGGUAUGUUCUAGUACCAGUUCACUUGGUGACAUCAGCUGUAUGGUUCGGAGGAUUUUACUAUGCUGCAAAAAGGUAA